AUGCGUCUGUCUGAGUGCUUUGGUCGCCGAAAUGCACUCAUCGUCAAUGGAUGGAUUAAUGUAUUUGGUGCUCUACUAGAAUACUUUUCUAAAGCGAUGGCAUCGCCUGAGUUGCUAAUUUUCGGUCGGCUGGUACUUGGAGCAGUAAUGGGACUUUCGACAGGGUUGGUGCCUAUGUAUUUAAUGGAAAUCACUCCUACAAAGUAUCGAGGAGCGGCUGGCACUCUUCAUAUGGUGGCAGUUGCAUUUUCUGAUUGGUUUUCACUCUUUAUCGGAUUACCUGAGAUUCUAGGAAACACGCAAAGUUGGCCUCUAGCAUUUGCAUUCCCAGGCAUUCCUGCACUCAUGCUUUGUUGUAUUCUUCCAUUUUGUCCUGAAAGUCCAAAGGUAUGGAUGGAAACUAAAAUCGUAAUACAUGGACCCGAUAAUUUUAAGUUUACUCUCUUCACGCGUGGAGAUGCUUCAAAGGCUGUCUUAGAUCUAAAACGAUUUGUAGACGAUAAUGAGGCGGAAUAUAUGUUUGAAGCUUUGGAACGUGAAGCUAUAAUGAUUAAUGAAGGCCCAGGAACAUAUAAACAAAUAUUCACCGAGCGUUCGCUUCGAGUACCUCUACUAAUCUCUAUUAUGGUAAUGAUCACUCAACAAUUUACGGGUUGUUCUGCUGUUUUUGCCUAUUCGACAGAUAUGUUUUUGAAUGCAGGAAUUAGAGGGUUAGUACUUUUAAUAGAAACUAAAUUAAUGUUAACUCAAAUUUUUAGUCAAAUGGCAAGAUUCAGCACUCUAGCUGUUGGAAUAGCGUACUUUUUGUUUGCAUUAACUGCCCCUUUUUUGAUUGAACGCGCCGGACGGAGAAUUCUUCUGAUCUUUCAAUUAUCAAUGUGCUCGUUAUCACUCACACUUCUCAGCUUCUUUAUGUGGCUACAAAAUUUUGGAGGGCAUGUUUGGGCUGGCUAUGCUACCAUAGGUGCUCUAAUUUUCUACAUGUGUGUAUACGGUAUUGGUUGCGCAGUACCAUGGCUAAUAACUGGAGAAUUAUUUCCUACCAAAUACAGAGCUUCUGCAAUUACUGUCGCGGUUUCCGUUGCCUGGUCUUUAUCCUUUGUUGUCUCUACGUGUUAUCUACCUUUUCAGCAGCUUGUUGGCAAUUCAUUAAGCUAUGUACCUUUUAUUAUUGUCAGUGGAUGUGGAGCUGUUUUUGUAUAUUGGGUUUUACCAGGUUCUUUGAACUUCGAACAUUAA